UCUCUCCGGUCGGACCGGCGGGAGUGCGCAGGAGAGGCAGGGCAACACAAGCGGCAGGGCCCUCCCACUUCGGCUCUGCACUUAAACGCACUCGCACGCCAAGGAAUGGAUAAGGGUUGCCUGCAAACAUGGCACUGCGACACUAUACUCUCGACUUCAACCUCUCGACGGCAGUUGACUCAGCAUCAACGGUCCCAGGCCUGCUGUCCAUAUUCCACGACCAGGAAAUGACAGAGACCGUACAUGACACGGAUGGGUGCGGGUACCUUGCCACAUUUGUUGGAAAGAACGGCAGGUUUGUUAUUCUGCGGGUACACACCCAUGGGUUGCUCACCAUUGACCUGCAGUGUUAUGAAGGGGAUAACAUUGCUCAAAUAGACAAUCUUUUAAAUAUACUGGAGAAGAAACUGAAGGUUCUCCUAAGUGGCAAGAUAACACGAAUUAAGAGGCUGCCUCCGCUCAUCCGAGGGGCCAAAGUGGACCGAUACUGGCCCACCACUGACGGAAGACUGACCGAGUAUGACAUAGACUGCGUGUUGUACGAGGAAGACUCACAAUACCAAAAUAUUAAAAUAUUGCACUCACAGCAGUUUGGGAACAUGCUGGUCCUCAACGGAGAUCUGAACCUGGCCGAAAGCGACUUGCCCUACACGGAAGCCAUUAUGGGCAGCGGGAAGGAGGACUACGCUGGCAAGGAGGUGCUGAUUUUAGGAGGAGGUGACGGGGGCAUCCUUGCUCAGGCUGUCAAACUAAAGCCAAAGAUGAUCACCAUGGUGGAGAUUGAUCAGAAGGUGAUUGACGGGUGCAAAAAGUACAUGAGGAAGACGUGUGGCAAUGUGCUGGACACCCUGACAGGAGACUGUUACCAAAUUUUAGUGGAAGACUGUGUGCCUGUGCUCAAGAAGUACGUCCAAGAGGGAAGAAUGUUCGACUACAUCAUUAACGAUCUCACUGCCGUUCCAAUAUCCACAGAACCAGAAGAAGACUCAACAUGGGAGUUCCUUCGUGUCAUUUUGGAUCUGUCGAUAAAAAUUCUGCAUCCUAAGGGGAAAUAUUUCACCCAGGGCAACAGUGCAAAUCUGACAGAGGCUCUGAAUCAGUAUGAGGAGCAGCUGGGAAGACUUUCCUGUUCUGUGGAAUUCUCCAAAAAAGUGGUUUGCGUGCCCUCCUACAUGGAACUCUGGGUUUUCUACACUGUGUGGAAGAAGUGACAACUCGCUCCCACCCCCCUUUUCUCUUCAGUUGUUUGAAUGUGAACAGGCUUUCUUCUCUGCUGUGUAGCUCACUACGCGUGUUCAGACUGACACUGAAAAGUAAUCAUGGUUUUAAAGCUUCAACACACACAUUGCAAUUAUGUUGUUAGUUUAUACUGCAGUUGGAUUUGAUGGCCAAACACUCCUUUGUUUGCCGUCUCUGAACACAUCCGUUUCAGUAUUUUCUUACUUCCUCUUUACGCAUUUCUCAUUUUACUUUUAUAGUUUGGUUUAAUUUUUUUUGUUUUUUUU